GAGCCCUGGGCUGAAAAUCUGCUCCUGGCAGGGGGUGGAGAGCGUUUUCGACAUCAUGGAGAUGGAGGACGAGGACCGCAACGCCCUCCUGCAGCUGUCGGACGCCCAAAUUGCCGACGUCGCCCGCUUCUGCAACCGCUACCCCAACAUCGAGCUGUCCUACGAGGUGGUGGAGAAGGAGAGCAUCCGCAGCGGGGGGCCCGUGGUGGUGCUGGUGCAGCUGGAGCGCGAAGAGGAGGUGACAGGCCCCGUCAUCGCCCCCCUUUUCCCCCAGAAACGCGAGGAGGGCUGGUGGGUGGUGAUCGGCGACUCCAAAUCCAACAGCCUCAUCUCGAUCAAGCGCCUGACGCUGCAGCAGAAAGCCAAGGUCAAGCUGGAUUUCGUGGCGCCGGCGACGGGGACGCACAACUACACGUUGUAUUUCAUGAGCGACGCCUACAUGGGCUGUGACCAGGAGUACAAAUUCAGCGUGGACGUCAAGGAGGCCGAGAGCGACAGCGACUCCGAUUAA